AUGUCGCUGACUUUACUCAGGAGCGGCAAGUCGUCCAUCGCCAGCGUUGUCUUCCAUAAGAUGCCGCCAAAUGAAACACUGUUUCUAGAAUCGACGACCCGUAUCCAGAAAGAUUCAAUUCACUCUUUCAUGGACUUCCAAGUCUGGGAUUUCCCUGGUCAGCUAGAGUACCUCGAGCCCUCAUUUGACCUGGAAGAUAUUUUCGGCAGUCUAGGCGCGCUCGUAUGGGUGAUCGAUGCCCAGGAUGAUUAUCUAGACUCCGUUGCUCGGUUGAACCGGACCAUUUUGACUGUUCAGCAAUACUACCCGAACAUCAAUAUCGAGGUCUUUAUUCAUAAAGUUGAUGGGCUCUCAGACGAAUAUCGCACAGAUACCUUUCAAGACAUAGUUCAGCGCAUCUCGGAUGAAUUAAGUGAUGCCGGUUACGAAAACGCUCCGGUACACUACUAUUUGACAUCAAUCUACGAUUACUCGGUCUUCGAGGCUUUCAGCAAGGUGAUCCAGAAGCUGAUUCCAAAUCUCUCCACAUUGGAGAAUCUGAUCAACACGCUUGCGAAUAAUUGUGGUUUUGAGAAGACAUACCUCUUCGACGUCCUGAGCAAAAUCUACAUUGCCUCUGACACUCGUCCCGUCGAUAUGUCAUGUUACGAAAUGUGCUCAGAUUACAUAGACGUGAUUGUCGAUGUCUCAGAGUUGUAUUCCUGGGACCACCCAGACCGCAAGCCCAAGGGAGAUCAGAUACAAGAGGCGGAAAGUCAUGUUGUCUUGCACGACGAGACCAUGAUACAUUUGAUGGAAAUGAACAAGUACCUAUGUCUUGUCUCUGUGAUUCGUAAUCCUGAAGCGAAAGAGAAGAAGGGGCUUAUUGACAUGAACUGCCGUACGUUCCAAGAAGCGCUUAAUGAUGUGUUCUCAAGGAGCUGGGAGCAAGACCAGGAUACAGAUCAGGCAGACGAAGAGCAGACGCAGCCUCAACUGGUCGAGCAAGGACCAAGGAGCUGA